UAUUGUGACUUAAAACAACGUUUUAAUUUUAAUUACCUUACCAAUGGAGAAACCAUUUUCCGUUCUGUUUGUGUGUUUAGGAAAUACCUGUCGAUCCACGAUGUCAGAGGGUAUUUUUCGUCAUUUAGUGAAAUCAAAAGGACUCCAAGACAAAUGGGACAUUGAUAGUGCUGGCAUUGAAAACUGGCAUGAAGGUAAACCCCCAGAUGAAUUUACAAUAGAAAUGUUAAAGAGAAACAAUAUAAUGGAUGGAUACCAUCACACAGCUAGACAGAUAACAGAAGCUGAUUUUAUGAAAUUUAAAUUUAUUCUUGGAAUGGACUUGUACAACAUUAGAAGUCUUAAAAGAAAAGCACCACCAAAUUAUUCUGCCAGACUUCAGUUACUGGGACAGUAUGAAAUUCCAGGAGAGGAUCCAGAAAUUUAUGAUCCUUACAUGUCACAGUUUGAAGUUUUUGAAGAGGUGUAUGCAAAAUGUCUCAGAUGCUGUCAAAGAUUCCUAGAGGCACAAGCUGAUCAAGUUCCACAAACAGAAACAUAGAUUAUUAUUUAUAAUACCAUAUACUUUUUAGAAUGUUUGACUUUGGUUGAAAUGAGGGAGACCUGUUCCUUCACCUUUUUUUCCAUGAAUAAAUUCUUUAGCUGUUGAUAUAGCAUAGAAAUUUUCUUUGAAAAGUUGGUAUUAAAAAAAAUCAGAACCUAAACAUGAAUUAUAUUGUGCAAAUUAGGAUAAAAAAAGUGUGGCACUUACCAGGUAUAUUAACAUUCAUGUGAAUGUGAUGUACCAAUAUAUGUUAAAAUUAUACUAGAAAUUAAAUUCACCCACCUGACACCAUGUAGGUUUUUUUUAUUUUAGCAAAUUGAGAUAAAAAUCUAAAAAUGAAGUUUAUGUGGCUUAAAGUUU